UUGCUGUGCCCCUGGCUGGAAUGAUUUUGUUAGUCUUUACUCCAGCAGUCACAGCGCUGCUCUGAAUUUAAGACACAGGCUGUUUUCUGAGAAGACAAAAGUGGUUUAAAAAGUCUGUCUGUCAUUGUCUCCCUCCCCUGUCACGCUCUCGUCUCUGCAGGACCGCUAUCUGAUUCUCGCUCUCACGCGCUCAGAGGACCAGCAGCAUGUCCGACGCAAUCAAAGAGAAAAUCAAGAACUACAGAACAGCCCCUUUCGAUGCUCGAUUCCCAAACACCAACCAGACCAGGAACUGCUUCCAGAACUACCUGGAUUCCCAUCACUGUAACAAUGCUCUCUCUGCUAAGGGCCAGGACGUUUCUCCCUGCCAGUGGUACCAGCGUGUCUAUAAGAGCCUGUGUCCUAUGAGCUGGUUGGGGAAAUGGGACGACCAGAUUGCGGACGGGAGCUUUCCUGGGAAAGUUUGAACCGCAAGAACCAAAAGCAACGGUGAUCAGAAUAUUCUUAAUAAUAAUAAUAUAACUUUAUUCCAGUCCGAGUGUCUCUGAUUAAGGGGG